UUUUCUUGCCAAUAGCUAGACAUAUAUAGUAGUUUGCUUUCUUCCACUUUUUCCUUGGUGUUUAAUUUGUUUGUGUGUUUGAUCGUAUAUCAAUUAAAUUAAUUAAUUACACAUCCAUAUGAUGACUCCAAUCUUCUUUAAUUCAUCAUCUUCUACCGAUCACACUUAUUCACCAUAUCAUCACCCAAUGGGUAGUGAUGAUCACCUUGCUGGCAAUAAUAGUCACCAAUUCAUGAACCCUAAUUAUUCUCAAGCCUUGUCGUCGUCGUCUAUGAAUUCACUAGCUGCCACCCAUUUAUUUUUAAACUCAGCGGUGGUUGAAGAUGAUGAUCAAAGUAGUGGGACAUUUGAUCAUAGAGAAAUAGAGCCUCCACCUCAUCAUCAUCAACAGCUACAAGCAGGUGAUGAUAACUUUGGAUCACAAGCUAAUUACAACGACAAAGAUAACUCAAUUGAUGAUCAUCAGAGCAAUAUUGAUAUGACGAUGAACAGUGAUCAACAUCAAAUGAUCAAGUGGCCGAUGAUGUCUUCCAAGAUGCGAGUGAUGCUAAAAAUGAAGAGAUCUGAUCCCCUGAAUUAUAUAAAAUUCUAUACUUCUUCGGCUACUAAUUAUAAAUUAGAAACACCCAAACAACCACAUGUAGUAGUAGAUCGUCAGAAGAAGAAGGACUACUCACCAGCAACCUCCUGCAGCUAUCCAAUAGUUAUGGAAGAAACUGAUAAUAAUUCAUCAACCAUUAAUACUACUACUGCUACUGCUACUUCUUCAAACAACAACAACAAUAAUAGUAGUAGUAAUAAUAUUCCAAUGAUCAGGGUUUGCUCCGAUUGUAACACCUCCAAGACUCCUCUAUGGCGAAGUGGACCUCAAGGACCCAAGUCACUUUGCAAUGCUUGUGGAAUCCGACAAAGGAAGGCAAGAAGAGCAUUAGCAAUCGCGGCGGAAAAUAAUGGCAAUAAUAAUAUUCUAGCAGCUUCAGCAUCAGGUGAUCAAUCAAUGGUAAUGGCACCAUUAAAUAAGGCCACAAAAUCUCAUCCAUCUAAACAUUUCAUCAUCAAAAAACCAAGUAGUUAUACUACUACUAAUAAUAAUAAUAAUGGGCAAGUAAUUACAAAGUUCAAGAAAAAGCAAUACGUCUCCAAGACCACCAUGGUCACUACUACUAGAAUAACUCCACCAUCGUCACCAUCACCGUUACCAUCGUCAUCUCUGGCUCCAAAUCCAAAGAAGAAUGGUGUGGAGGAUUUCCUAGUAAGUUUGAGUAACAAGUACUUGACGACGACAUUUAAUAAUAAUAAUUGCCAAGUCUUCCCACAGGAUGAGAAAGAAGCCGCAAUCCUACUAAUGGCCAUCUCUUGUGGCUAUGCUAGCUAGCUAGCUUAAUUUAUAAUAAAAAUAUCUUAUCAAUAUAGUUUAAUUAUAUUUUUCUUUUCUUAUAAUAUGCAAGUGAUAAUCAUCAGUUAUAGUAGUGUGAUUCAAAAUUUAUAUGUUUGGAAGGAAUAAUUACCUUCAAAUUUUCAAUUUCAUUAGAUAAUUAGUUAUUAGUGAUAUAUACAUGAAGGCUAAAUGAUGUGUGUGGCCGGUGAGUUGGAGUAUUUUGUAUAAGUUAAUUUAUACUAUAUGUAUGCUGACUAACAUAUAUAUAUGUUGAUCAUAACCAAAAGUUGUGACAAUAAUAUAAUAUAAUGGAGCUAUAACUCAUGUUCCUUCAAAGCUAGCUAUUCCAUAAAUAAUAAAGUUUAAAAUUUUUGUUAA